CGUCGCUCGUCGCUCGUCAUUGAUGAGUCAUCAUCACCCAUACGUGUGCUGUUGUGGGUGUUGUCCUCCCUCCAAACCACGACCAGCAACGACCCACACUACACGCGCACACGCUCACUGCUCCACCUGUCGCCCCCCUCCCCUCCUCCUCCACUGCGUCGUGGUGCACACUUGGUGGACUGCACCAGUUACCGUCCGCACUGCCUGGUGUUGACAACUGGAACAGUAGCAAGAUGCCUGCAGGAGCACGGAUCGGCUCCCUGUGGGAGCAGACGAAAGUGCUCUUCAAGAAGAACGUGCUUGUCAAGCGCCGCAACCGUCGCCAGACCAUGUUCGAGAUGUUUUUCCCAGUGUACAUGACUGCCAUCGUCUGUCUGAUCAACCUGGCAGCAGAGAAAUCCAACUUUCCGGCAGAGACCGUGCACAUGCCAGAACCGCUUGCGCCCGAUAUGCUGACAAUCACACCCGGGGGCGUGUUUGGAUACAUUGCCCACACGCAGAGCCAACACACCAUCGUCAACAAGACACUUGAGCUGCUGGCAGACUCCGCACCGUGGCUGGCCCCGCAGCCACGCGCAUUUGCUUCAGAGAAUGAUCUGGUUGAGUGGUACAACCACAACCAAGACAGCUUGUGGGCUGCGGUGGUGUUCCCUGACACUGAGCCCGGCAACACCUUCAACUACACCAUCCGCAUGCAGUCCACCUCCUCUGCCAUCGACUCUGGUGUGGCCAGCGUGCCGCACUCGGACAAGCUCUACACGGGCCUCGGCGACUGUCGCAACAACUCCGACUGCUCCGCUGACCUGUACCGGCAGUCUGGGUUUCUUCUUCUGCAGCACAGUCUGCAACAUGCGUACCACGUCCUCAAUGGCGGCGAUCCGUCAAUUGUUCCGCGCGUCGAUGUCGCAAUGAUGCCCCUGCCCGCAUUCUCGGAGGACGCAAACGCCGGUAUCCGCGUGUCUGCCGUGAUCCUGACCAUCAUGGCAUUCAGCCCCAUCAUCCAAUACCUCAUGAUCAACGUUGUCUCCGAAAAGGAGAAAGGCAUCAAGGAUGCAUUUUACCUGAUGGGCAUGAAGCCGUUGGCAUAUUGGAUGUCGUGGCUGCUGACAUACAUGCUGGUGCUCAUCGUGCCCUGUCUCCUCGUCACCGCCAUCAACGUGCUCGUGGGCGUGCUGCAGAACAGCAACUUCAUCGCAGUGUUCAUUGUGCUGUAUGCGUACAGUCUCUCCGUCACCACCCUCGCGUUUGUCUUCACGCCAUUCUUCUCAAAGAGCAAGGUGGCUGGCGUCGCCGGCUCGCUGUCCAACACGCUCAUCUCGCUGGUCAUCUUCGGUCUCAAGAACAAGGCUGUCUCCGCUGCCACCAAGUACGGCGUGUCGCUCGUGUCGCCGUGUGCCGCUGCUGUUGCGCUGGAGCAGAUGCUGACGCUGGAUGAAGAGGGCGGAUUCAAUUUCAACUCGUUUACACGCGGCCAAUACUCCGUCUUCAGCGCCGUCAUCAUGAUGCUGAUCGACUCGGUCCUCUAUCUCGUCCUCGCCUGGUACCUCGAUGCCGUCGUGCCAGGAAACGGACCAACCAAGUCUCCACUUUUCUUCGUGCACAGCAUCAAGUCCAUGCUCUGCGGCACUCCCGCCACCCGCGCUUCUCCCCUGAGCGACGAGCAGCUCGUGCUGGAAGGCGAUCGCGAGGAUGAGUCUGAUGUGAUGGCGGACCAUGAAGCCGUCAUUCGAAUCGAAAACAUUGGUAAAUCAUACUCCACAAAAGACAGGCCUGCGCUCACGAACGUGUCGCUUCGAUUGUACGAAGGGCAAAUCUUUGGUCUUCUCGGACACAACGGCGCUGGCAAAACUACACUGCAUAGCAUCAUCACAGGGCUGCGACAGCCAUCGCGUGGUCGUGUGCUCGUGAAUGGCCUGGACCUGUGUUCGGACGCCGGGCAGGAUGCGAUGCGAAACGCAAUGGGGGUGUGCCCGCAACACGACGUCCUCUAUGAGAAGCUCACCGUAAAGGAACAUCUCGAAAUCUUCUCCGGCAUCAAGGGUGCAAGCAGGGAUGAGGCCACGUUUGCAUCGCUGCUGCGCGAGAUCGACCUCAGCGACAAAGCAGACACACACACGGACAAUCUGAGUGGCGGGCAGAAGAGGAAGCUCUCUGUUGGCAUUGCGCUUCUCGGCGACCCGCAAAUCUUGUGUUUGGACGAGCCAUCAUCCGGCAUGGACCCGUAUUCACGACGAAAGCUGUGGGAGCUGCUGCAGAGCAAGCGCGCGGGCCGCGUGACGCUCCUCACGACACAUUACAUGCAGGAGGCUGACAUCCUCGCCGACAGAAAGGCAAUCCUCAGUCACGGCCGCGUGCAGUGCGUCGGCUCAAGCCUGUUCCUGAAGUCGCGGUAUGGCGUGGGGUAUCACCUCCACGUGGCAAAGGACGCCAGCUUCGAUCACACAGCAGUUACGGAACUGGUGUCCACACACGUGCAGAGUGUCGUCCCAGAGAGUAGCCAGUCCUCCACCACGGAGGUGUCAUACGCGCUGCCCCAUGCGGAGACGCGGAAUUUCGGUCCACUCUUCCAGUCGCUCUCGCAGCAGCGACAGGCGCUCGGGCUGCGUUCGUUUGGCGUGUCCAUGACGACGCUUGAGGAAGUGUUUGUUCGCCUGCAGCGCAUUGAAGACGAACGCAUGGCAGAAGAAGAGCAGUGGAAGGAAGAAGAGGAAUCACUCGCCCUCGCACACCACCAGCACCAUGAAAGCAGUGCCGGUGGUGGCAGUGGGAUUGUAGGCGGGCUGUUGGACAAGGCACGAUCCCUGAGCAUCAACGCGCCACAGGGCGAGUCGCACACAGACACGCUUCCACUCCACCGCAACACCGCGCACGCGCACACCGGUGGCAGCAACAACAACGAGGAUGACGAGGAUGACGAGGAUGAAGAGGAUGAUGGCAACAACGGUGUUAACGGCGCUGGAUCCGUGCGUGUGCCGCUACUGAGCAGCAGCAACAGCACUAGUGGCUCUUCGCGUCAAGCAGACACGUUCACCAGUGAUGGCGACGGUGGUGGUCCCGUGGGCAUGUGGUCUGUGGUGCUCGCGUUGAUGGUGGUGCGUGCCAAGCAGAGCUUGCGCGAGUGGCGUGCGCUCUUCUUCCAAGUCGUCGUGCCCGCUGUGCUCCUGGUUGUGUCCCUGACUGUCAUUGCCAAACCAACCAGCAACACCUCCGAGACGCAGCCGCUGUUUGACCUGUCACCAUCGCAGUACUCGGACAUGGCCGGCCUCCGCGUUCCCAUUGUUGAUCCAAGCGGUGCAUUUGCGCGGCGCUUGAAUGCGUCGAGCGGUUUUGCCGAUUCGCACGCGUCCACGCUCGUGCUCCCUGCCAACGUGACACUGCAGGGCGAUGAUGGCUACCUGACACAGAACAUGCGAGGAUUCGCCUGUGCAUUCGAUGCGCUUGGCGGCAGCAACGACACCAACGUCACGCUGUUCUACAACACGACGAUGGUGCACAGCCCAGCAGCGUAUGUGGCGCAGGUGGGCAACAGCUUCCUCGGCUCCAUCGACGUGCAAGUGCAGGCAGCAUCACACCCGCUACCGCCGAAACGGCAACUGGAGUGGGACUCCACCAUUUUCUACACGGUCCUGCUGAUUGGCAUUGGCCUGAGCGUUGUGCCCGGCGGGUUUGCCAUCAACGCUGUCAAGGAUCGCGAGUCGAAGAUGCAGCACCUGCUGGAGGUGUCUGGUGUGUCCGGUCUCGCCUACUGGCUGGCAGACAUGCUUCGCUCCCUGUCCAUCUUCUCCGUGUCGGUGGUGUUUGCCAUCAUCGUCACUGUUGCCGCGAAUGUCGAGCCGCUAACUGGACCAGGCCUGCCACUGCUCAUCAUCCUGUGCAUCGUCUACAUGCCGCUCACCAUCCUCUUUGCAUUCCUCGCCAGCUACCUCUUCUCCAACGCAGAGACGUGCCAGUCGGUGUUCCCGCCCCUCAACAACUUCCUUGGCUUCAUCCCCUUCAUCAUCGUCGGAACAGUGGACGGCCUGGGGCAGUCGAAUGUUGCCCUCAUCCUCCACUACGUGUUCUGCAUCGUGCUCCCACCCUACAGUCUCUCUGGUGCCCUGUAUUACAUGUUCCGUCUGCACACCAUCGCCAGCUUCAACCCGGAUCACCCGCACGCCACCGCCAAAGACUACUGGGCGAUUGACAACAACGUCUCGCCGACGCUGCUCAUCAUGGUUGCGUCCAUCGUGUUGGAGGUUGCCAUGCUUUACGCAAUCAACAACAGGCGUCGCCUGAGCAACAUGUGUUUCGGGUCUGCCAUCUCGGACGUUGCCAGCGACAACGACGCUGCAGGCGCUGAAUUGGAGCGUCUUGGCAUCAAGGAAGACGACGAUGUCGUGCACGAGCGCGAGCGGUGUGUGGCCGCGCGUGUUGCGACAACAGGCGACGCGGACCUGCUGCGUGUCCAGCGGCUGUCAAAGACGUUUGUGUCUGGUGGGGGGCUCUGCUCCUCAGCGCAGCUGUCGUCGUUCGUUGCCGUCCGCAACUCCAGCUUUGGCGUGAACCGGGGCGAUGUGUUGGGGCUGCUCGGCCCGAACGGCGCCGGCAAGACAACCACCAUCGCCAUGAUUACAGGCGAAGAGGUCCCAUCGUCCGGUGAUGUGUUUGUGUGCGGACAAAACCUCCAGACGCAGAAGUGGGCGGCGAUGCGGCACAUGGGUUUCUGUCCCCAGUUUUCGGCGGUUUGGGACAACAUCACCACUGAGGAACACCUUCUGUUCUUUGCGAAGCUCAAAGGCAGAAGCGCAGCCCAGGCCGAGGCCCUCAAACGGAAGCAGUUGUCGCUGCUGAGCAUCGAGGAGCACGAGAAGAAACAGGCAAAACAGCUCUCUGGUGGGACGCAGCGGAAGCUCAGCGUCGCCAUCUCCCUCAUCAACUCCCCGGACGUGUGCUUACUCGACGAACCGAGCACGGGCCUCGAUCCUCAGUCGCGGCGGGUGCUGUGGAAUGUCAUCAAACGCCGACUGCGCUCAACAGCCGCUGUUCUCACCACGCACUCCAUGGAGGAGGCGGAGGCCCUCUGUAACAAGAUCGCCAUCAUGGUCAAAGGCCGCCUUGUCUGCUUUGGAAGCCCAACGCAUCUCAAAAACACAUAUGGCUCCGGUUACACACUUGAAAUCAAAACGCGGGCGGCGGCGACAGAGCGCGUGCAUGCGUUUGUGCGUGAGAAUCUUCCCAACGCAAAGCAGGAGGAAACGUUCAGUGGCUUUCUCUCGUACCAGCUGGAAAUCACAGACACAGACCUUGCUGACGUCUUCACGCUGCUUGAGAAGCACAAGACCGAGCUGAGCAUCAGCGAGUAUGCGUUGAGCCAGUCCACGCUGGAGCAAGUGUUCCUCCGGUUCGCAAAACUGCAGGACAUUGAACCGUGAGCAGACGCCGAGCUGCCACCACAACCGCCACCCACCACCACAAUGCGCGUGCCUCUUCCAAUCCCCUCUCUACGUCUCAUGUUCGUAGAUCGUAAGCUUUUGUCUGUUAGAACCGCUCGUCUUUGUCAUGCUUCCUUCACACGCACGCACGCACACACACGCACGCACACACACGCACGCACACACACGCACGCGCGCGCGCACACACACACAGCGUUUACACCGCUCAUUCGCCCCACAUCUUGUCAGCGUUACGUUACGUCACUUUGCCUGCUGUUUACAUGCUGUUGUUGUCAUUGUCGAAUAGAAGAAAGAAACAC